CUCAGUGUCUGUUCAUACGUUUGGCCGUUCGUGGUGGAAACGCGAUGCUAAAAUUAACCGUCAAUUCGCUACGCUUCCGGCCGUGUGGAGUGCGCUGGCGUAGCGCCACAGCUCAACCAGCUGCCAAUAGUGCGGUGGAUCCGGAAUGGGAAAAUGCACUACCGUUUGAAAGGAUUCCAGCACCAUCGCUGUUGGGCUUUCUGAAAGAGUUCGGACCGUUCGGCAAACACAAGGAUGGGACACUUCACGAUAUCAACAAGCGAAUGCGCGAGCUCUAUGGGCCCAUCAUGCGGAUGAAUGGGUCGUUCGGUCGAGAAGAUAUCGUGAUGACGUUCGUACCGGAAGAUUUUGAAAAAGUGUUACGAUCGGAGGGACAAUGGCCUCGACGUACCGGGAUGGAUUCGUUUGUGUACUACCGCAAACAGCAACGACCCGAAUACUUUCAGGGCUAUGGAGGGCUUUUAGCUGAACAAGGAGAAGACUGGCACAAAAUGCGAACGAUCGUCAAUCCGAUCAUGAUGCAGCCAAAGAUCAUCAAGCUGUAUGUGAACAAAGUGGAUGAGGUGGCUCGAGAGUUUAUGGAUAUUGUCCACGGUCUACGGGAUGAAAAGCAUGAGAUGCCGGCCGACUUUAACGAAUGGUUGAAUCGCUGGGCGCUGGAAACAAUGGGAGUGCUCGUGUUGGACACCCGACUCGGUGUGUUGAACAAGGAACAGAGCGCCGAAGUCAGCAAGUUGAUCAACCUGACCAAAGAUGCAGUAACCUUGUUCUAUCAGCUAGACAUACUCCCAUCGAUCUGGCGGAAGCUGAAGACCCCUGCCUUUUACCGGUUGAUGCGUACAUUGGAUGAUCUGUAUCAUGUGAUUGCCUCUAAAAUCGAAGAAGCGGUGAUAAGGAUGGAAAAGAACCCGAAGGCCGAUUCCGACACCUUAAGCAUACUGGAGAAGCUGCUGAAGGUGGACCGUAAGGCGGCCUUCAUCAUGUCCAUGGAUAGCUUGUUUGCGGGUGUUGAUACGACCUCAUCAGGAUCGACGGGAGUGCUCUACUGUCUUGCUCAAAACCCCGAGAAACAGAACAAACUUCGGGCGGAACUGCGUCAAAUUAUGCCGGACAAGGACACACCGCUUACGCCUGAGCGUAUGAAAAACAUGCCAUAUCUUAGGGCCUGCAUCAAGGAAGGACUUCGCCUGUAUCCACCGACCCCAGGAAAUGGGCGCUGUGCUGGUAAAAACCUCGUACUCCAAGGAUACCGCAUUCCCAAAGGGAUUCUGGUGGGAAUGGGUCAGCUGGUACUGCAGCGGGAGGAAGGCUACUUUACCCGACCCACCGAAUUCAUUCCGGAACGAUGGCUCAGUGGCGAGGCUGGAGCUGGUUGUCCGAGCGCAAAGGAGGUACACCCGUUCAUUUACAUGCCGUUUGGCUUUGGAGCUCGUUCGUGCGUUGGACGCCGGCUGGCGAUGCUGGAGAUGGAGAUUCUGAUCUCGCGAAUGGUGCGGCAGUACGACAUCCGAUGGAAUUACGGUGAACUGAAGUACCGAGCGUCGCUGGUGAACAUACCGUCGAACGACUUGAUGUUUCAACUGAACGAUAUAACCGAUUGA